UCCUUGAAGGUGUGGGACCUUGUGAGCAUGACGCAGAAGGCUUGUCUUCAGGGUCAUAGUAAAGCGGUAGGGAUCGUGGCGAUCAGCGGGGACGGCAAGACGGCUGUCAGCGGGAGUAACGAUGAGACGAUGAGGGUGUGGGACCUUGUGAGCAUGACGCAGAAGGCUUGUCUUGAGGGUCAUAGUGGUUGGGUGACGAGCGUGGCGAUAAGCGAGGACGGCAAGACGGCUGUCAGCGGGAGUGGGAUGAGUACCUUGAGGGUGUGG